AUGAUUCAAGUUGAUGAAAAUCCUCAACCUUUAGAUCUUACUCUUUAUCAGGAGAUCAAUACUGAAAAGUAUGAGGAUAUUCAAAUCAAAAUAUAAAAGCUCGAAUCUACAUUUUUCUAAUGUUUAAGUUAUAGUAGAUAGCAGUAAUUGAAACAAAAUGAGAAACUACAAUCUGAUAAUUCACAACUCCAGGAUAAUGAACACAAUACAAACAAAGACUCAUUCCAAUCCGAAUAAUUUGAAAAGUACAUUGCUUAAUACUUUGCCCAACUUCGCUCAUAAUUUGGAAGUACAAAAUCGAUCAGUUUCAUGACUUCUUAAUAGUUAAACCUAUUUUUCGAAGAAGCUUUGGAAUAAUUAAACAACAAAACAAAGUUGUAUUAGGACAUUCUAAAACUUAAACUUUUAUAAACUUCAUAAGAUUUAUUUUCUAAAGUAUACUCCACCAAAACAAACCUAAUACUUAAGUAAUGGUAUUUACACAAUUAUUGUUAUCCAUACCCAAAUUAGUUGGAAAUCAAAAAAUUAAUCGGCAAAACACAACUAUCCAAGAAGAAGAUAUUAAAUUGGUUUAUCAAUGCUCGCAACAGCUUCAAAAGAAAAAAGCAAAAAAAAUAAAAAUAUAAAAUAUUAGUGCAAGAACACUAUUAUGCUUUAUAUAAGUCGAAAAAAUAAAGCUAAAACUCUAAUUAAGAAUAAUCAAAUUAACAAAUUUUUUUUGAAAAUCAGUGA